CUCAAGAAAAGCAAGUUGCUGCCGUACUGAAAGAGAGAAGAGAGAAGGAGGCCAAGAAGGAGUUGAUUAAGCAGGCCAAGAAGUUGGCCUUACUGGAGGAGCAGGCGACGAAGAAAAAGAAGUUGCAGGAGGAGAUGGAGAAGCUGCAAAGAGAAGAAGAAGAAAAGUUAAAGGCAGUAGAAGAAGAAGAAGUGGAGGAGGAAGUAGAGGAAGAAGUUUGCUUGAUUAGAACGGUCACAAGAGAGAGAGGAGAGACCAGUGGCACGAAGAAGGAGGACCCAUGGAUGGAGAAGAAGAUUUCAUAGUGGGUCGCAAAUUUGUCCCUGGGUGAAGAGGAGGAGGCGAUGUUAUAUGUCUCCAGGACAAAACAGGAGGUGGUCAUAAAGGAGUUGGAAGUCGAAGAAGACCCCCUCAAAGGUCAGAUGAUAGAAGAGGAGAAGAAGUUAGAAUGGAAGUUGCGUCUGACCAGUGAAAAGAAGCAAAGGUUGGAGGUGGCAAGUAAGGUGGUGAAAGAAUUGGAGGGGGUGAAACAGCAGAGAGUGCAGAUGGAGGUGCAAGCGGAUUGGUCGGGGAAGAUGGAGAUUAUGGUGAGAAAUAUUGAACUCCUAGCACAUGCUCAUGAAGAGCAGUUCCAAUUCGCCAGAAGUCAGGAUGUAGCUUUGCGAUCAAUAUGGUUGGGGUUUAGAAAAUUCGCCUGCGAGAUGAUGAUGCACGACUUAAAAAUGAAGGCAAGGUUAGAGAACACGGAGCAAUUAUGUACAGGCGCCAUAGAAGGCGCCAAACUUGCUGCUCCAAGGGAAGGGGAAGUUCGCCCCCCUAGAGAGCCAGUUAAGGUGAAGUUUCCCGACUCCUACAGAGGGAAAAAGGAGGAGAACUUCGAUAACUGGGAGGCAAAUGUGGACUCUUAUGUUCACCUCCAGAAGAUAGCCCAUGAGGAACAUGUCCUCAUUGCCUUCCAUGCCCUUAGAGAUGAAGCAGCUAGCUUUGCCAGGUCACUUGCCCGCGCUGCUAAAUGCGAGAAUGAUAUGGUCGCAUAUUCCCUGAUCACUCACUCAAGUGAUUUCUUUAAAUUAUUACAUGAGAGGUUCGCAGACGUCACACGGAGUGUUAGAGCCUCUGACAAACUGCAGACCAUCCAUUCCCGCCAAUGGAGGAGUGCUAGGGCACUCAAGAGUGUUAUAGAUGAGUUGAUUGUUGUCCCUGACCAUGGGGUCACUGAGACCCAAUUGGUCAACCUAUUCUAUCGUGCCAUGCUCGAGCCUUUGCGCGGGCACUUCUUUGAAAAGAGUAAGGAGUAUGAUACCCUCAGUAGGGAGGUGGUAGCUUUCGAAGCUCAAUCCAUGCCAGUUUCCACUUUCUGGCAUAAGGACCUUGAAAAGGGAAAAAAGUGGAAGGGUCGUACCAUCUCGGGUCAGGUAAAGGGAAAGGAUCACCUGAUCCUUACAUUGGAUGAGGGUGGUAUGGAGGAGGUCCCUUAUAGUCAGAUAGAGUGGGGCCUUGAAGAGGAUGACAGUAGUGUGAGCCAGGGGAGGACUUACGCUGCCGUCGCGGCUGGAAGGAGGCCGAUUGAAAGAGGAGGAGGUCGAGGCCAAGGGGGCCGAGCCUCUUGUGGUCGAGGACAGGGCGCUCAGGGGGUUGGCGGCAAAGGAAACCGCCAAUAGGGAGGUAGGGGUCAAGGUUCCCCGUCAAAUCUUCCGCGUUCCAGUCGAUCACCUCCCAGGAGGGUGGAUGGCACCCUGGCUGGCCACAAGGCAGACCCUGGGAAGAUCUGGGCCUGAAUCAGAAAGUAUGGUAGAAGAGGAUAAACCAGGAUCAGUGCAUUUAUUGCGGUGAUCCGGGGCACAUUAUUAAAUAUUGCCCUAAAUAUAGAGAGGCCCGGUAUGCUGCACAUGCAGCAAAAGGCAACCGCCGGUAGGGGUCGCAACUGCCCUUACCCCUAGACCAUGUGGAGAAGAGCGUACGCACCACAGAGAAACUCCCAACCCACAUGUGUCUAUGGCAGAGGUUGCUGGCCAGUGCCUAGAAAGUUGUCCAGAGACUGCUUGUGUUAGGGUCUCUGUAGGCACUUCAUUCAUAGGCGUGGCAGAAAAAUUGAAGGAGAGGAUGCCUGCCUGGGCCAAGAUGAAGAAGGAUAGUAAAGGUUAACUAGUCUU